GCGAUGUCGCUCCUCCUCUCCUCUCCUCUCCUCUCCUUUCCUCUCUCCUCUGCUGUGCCUCUGCCACUGAGCGAUCAGUCUGCUGGGUGAGAUCACUACCAGACACCACGCUCCGGGACCUGGCACUCACCGAUCGGAAAAGAAGGAACGAGAGAGCGAGCGAGAGAGAGAGAGAGAGAGAGAGCGAGAGAGAACCCGGAUCCGAUGCAACCGGCGAGGGUAAAACGACCCAAACCACCGCCUCGUGCCUCGGCCCCUCCAGUGUCCCGUGCUGGCGGAUGAAAGCGCGGUCCGGCCGCUGACGUUUUUUUUCCCGCUGGAUUUGGGCUUGUAGUCGGAUGCGGGCUUGUUUUGACUGCAGUAAGAGUCCUGCUUACUCCCCCCUCCCUCCCCUCCUACCAAGCGAGUAGCAGAUUCUGCCAGGGACCUCGGCGCGGUGCAGCUCCCCCCCGAGUGAGUCGCGAUCCUGCAGAAAGCGCCGGGAGACGCGCUGCGCACCGCCGCGUCCCGACCGCACGCGCCCGUCCGUCCGCGCGCCCCGCUCCGAACACCUUUUUUUUCUCCCGCGAGGGAACUGGACACAAGCGCCAAGAUUCCGAUUGGAUCUCCCCCCUUCUCCUCCUGCGUGUCGACCUUUCUCCUGUCAUCAGAUCGGCUGCAAAAUCCUAUUUUUGACCCCCCCCCCUCCUCCCCGUUCCUAAGCGCCGUUGACGCCAUUUUCCUCGGGGUUUUCUGUCAGAAAAUAUUUACCUACAUUUCAUUCCGGGCGCCGGUUGACAGCUCCCCGGGAGGCUGUCAUCCCAUCCGUCGCGUGUGUAAAAUGCGUCUCAGUGGAUUGUAAAUGAUCUUGAUCAAUUAUUUACGCGUAAGAGCCGAGUGCGUGACAACAACACUAGAAAUGGACUGUCCCUGGCUUCGUUGUGUUCCGGUGGGACACCCAACCAGACCCCAGUAGCUGACUCACAACAAGCAACCCGCCCAACCGACUGCUGUCCUCUGUCUUCCCAUCGGCUAGCUGCCACAGCUUCCCCAAUCCUGACUGGCACUGGCAGAAGCGUGGAUGGAGCCACGGGAUCUGGUUGGCUUGGCCCGACCCAAAGAGGCGGAGUUACAGGGCGGCAGGGUGGGGCCGAAUGAAGGGGCGCAGGAAGGAGCAGUGGCCAUCGGUUUGGCGCGCAGCGAUGACGUGAUUAACGGUGCCACAAGCGAAGGGGAGGGCCCGGAAGAACAGGGGGAGGGGCUUCUGGAGGAACAGGAGUUCUCUAUCAAGGAAGCAAGUUUCCAGGAAGGAAGUCUAAAGCUGAAGAUUCAGACCACCAAGCGCACCAAGAAGCCCCCCAAGAACCUUGAGAACUACAUUUGUCCACCUGAAAUCAGGAUGACCAUCAGACCUCCAGUCGGAGAGGGCAAAGGGGGGCGGCCGGGACGAACAGGAGGCGGAGCAGGGCGGGGCCAGAAAGACGAUGAAAAAGGACCCCCCCGAAAAAGGACGUACGAGCGGCAGUUCAGAAUGCCGGAGCAAAGAGAGGGAGACCUGCUGCAACUACUGGGAGAUCACACUCUGCCCAAGCACCAGCUCCGCAGUUCCCUCACUCCCACGCACACACAGCAAACACAUCACGUUCAACAGUUCGCUCAUGCACAUCAACACCAAAUUAAUCCCGACUGGAUCACGUCUCCGGCACCUUCUGCGUCCCCGGCAAAUCCGGCAGAUCCAGAGCCGGCCAGAGAACUGGCGGCAGCCAACAGGAGCACUCCAGUCGAUCCAGACCAACCUUUCUCACGAGCAGCUACACGAAGCCCCUCACCCCAGAGAUCCCUGACUCCAGACCUGCCAGUGGUUACAGAUGCCAGUAUUCUCAACCUGACGUCGCUCAGCAAGGGAAGGGGCUUGCAAGAGGUCAGUGAGCAGCUCUUUGGGAACAUCAAGAGGAAGUACGGAAGGAAAGACUCUCAGAGGAUGCUCUGUAAUCCCCACGGUGCUGAUACACCUUGGAUAAGACAGCCAGAGAAUAGAUUGGAGAGCCCGACUAAUUCCGAGGAGAGGCAUAAGUACAGGCAAGAUGAGACAGCUGAGCGGUUCCACGAAGACAGAGAGGAAGUAGAAAAGAGGGAACGAGAACGAGCCGUUCCUGGGAGGAGAGGAGAUGAAGAAGACAGAGGGACGCCAAUGCUGACAGACGAAGGGAAGGGAAGAAAGAGGCGGAGGAGGCCUUCUUUCGACGAGUCGUUUUCUGCAGAGGAGCAAUUACAGCAACGGCAGGACGCACAGAAGCACCAGCUGGGCGCCCCGGAGCCCAAAGUAGCACAUAAGAUGGAGACCCACAAAAACGACUGUCAACUCACAGGUCCCGCCGAUGUCAUAAGAGACCGGGUGGAAAAAGCAGAGAGAACGGAUAAACUCGAUAGGAGAGAAAAGGGAGAGAGGGUGGACAGGGCAGAGAGAGGGGAAGUAGUUAUGAGCGGGUCUGACCUAGAGACCGCUUUGAGUGCGAAUAGAAUGAAAAAGAACCCCGUGGGUCGUCCUAAGCUCAGCACGGACACCCUGAAACACCGAGAGCUGGCUUAUAAUCACACCACCAAAGCCACUCUCAACACAAAUCCCAGACACCCAAGCCCAAACCUAAGCCCCCGGGGCAGCAUCAGUCCAAGCCCGAGGGCUAACAUCGCCGCCAGUCUCAGCCCCAAACCCAGGACGGCCUUGAGUCCGAGCCCCAGCCACAGCACCGGCUCCGCCGCCUGCUCCAGAACAACCAAGGCCAAGGACAGAUGGUCCUAUCUGAAAGCUAAGAGCCACUCCUGCCUCGCAUCACCCCAGAGGGACCACCGGGGGAGCCCCUUGACCUUAGCUGACCCACCUUCGGCCUUCCCCAUCACCCCCUCCAGCCCCCUCUACACCAACACUGACAGCCUGACCGUCCACGCGCCCAUCAAGAGGAAACGAGGACGACCCAAGAAACAGCCGCUGCUAACGGUGGAGACCAUCCACGAGGGUACGUCCACCUCACCCCCAAGCCCACUGGCCCAGGAAACCUUUGCAGGGCUCAACCGCCGGAGGAAGACACACACGCUAAACACAUUAGUGCAAAUGGCCUCCACGACCACCAGCGCCAAUUCGAAUAUUCUGAAACUAAAGCGUGGCAGGGGCCCGUCCAGGCCAGUGAAUAAGAUGAAGCUCGGUAAAAUGCAAAGCAUCCUGAAUGAGAUCCUUUCAGGGUCCAGUCAGAACGGCUCCCUUGCCCUGAAGUCGUCUUCCGGCCCCGUGUCCUCGGCUAUGAGUGCCAUGGCGUCCACUAUAGAGGCUCGGCUGGGAAAACAGAUAAAUGUCAGCAAGAGAGGAACCAUCUACAUUGGAAAGAAGAGAGGGCGGAAACCCAGAGCAGAAACCCAAGGCUCCAACCCUCCCAAAACCACUAGGGACACGCUCUCCCUGCCCGUCUCCACAUCGAGUCUCUACGAGAGCAGCGUGGUGCCUUCGGCCACGUUGUCUCCCAGCUCCAGCGGUCCGUCCUUGAGAACCAGCCACUCUGAUGCCACUAUGCCCAGUUUGCAGCCCAUCUCAGCCCUGCCCUCCAAGCCGCCGGGCAGAAGCUUCCUCUCUGGCGGUUGGAAACUGUCGCCUCCACGACUUCUGGCUAAUUCUCCGUCCCACCUGUCAGAGGGGGCAUCGGUGAAGGAGGUGACCCUGUCCCCCAUCAGCGAGUCCCACAGCGAGGAGACCAUUCCGAGUGACAGUGGGAUUGGGACAGACAACAACAGCACCUCAGAUCAAACGGAGAAGGCCUCCGCCUCUCGACGCAGGUACUCAUUUGAUCUGUGUGGGUUUGAGGCUGCGGAGGCGGCGGCCCUGGAGGCCUCCAACCGAGGCGGCAGAGCGCGCUGUGAACGGCAAGUAACUGCUGUUGACAACUUCCUGUCACAACAAGAAAAGAAGCAAAAACAUCAUCGACGGAAGAGGAAGUGCCUGCAGAGCCGGGAUCAUCUUCACUUUCUCUCUGAACUGGAGGAGGUUGUCUUGAAGCUCCAGCAGUUACGAGUGUCUCACAGGCGAUACACCUGCCUUCUCUAGCCAUAUCGCUCCAUUUUCUGCCUCAACUUCCAUCAUUACUAUCUCUUCUACGACUCGUAUUCCUGUGACUCCAGCUCGUACUUCCGCAGAGCGCCGAUCUGAAGGCCAAAGAGGAGGACGCGGCCCGCCCGGCCCAAAGCCAAGCGAAGCCAAUCCACAUCCCAAACUGCUUUCGUUUCAGGGAUUAGUGUUUAUCCACUGGCCGGGGGAAAUUAUUAUGCAGCACCGUAUCCGAUUCCUUACGCGCCCCUUUGAGUCUGGGCUACUUUCCCCCCCGCUCCCCCAUUCUACCUGCCCCACCACUCGAGGGGACCUGCGCCUCCUUCUCCCUUCAUGAGGCCCGCCGUCCCCCCUCCGAAGGCUUUCCACUCCAGUGGACACUCACAGCUCCAAGCAGGGGCCAAGCUUCGCAGCACCAGCGGCCCGCUGCAGGGGCCCUCUGUGAGGGGAGAGGGCGCACUGGGCAGCGUCAGUGCAGGUGGUCUCGCUGGGGUUCGCCUCCAUAAGAGGAAGCACAAGCACAAACACAAGCACAAGGACGAACCCCUCUUUUCACUGCGCGAUCGGCAAGAGUUGGGAGGACUCUUCAGCGGAGCGAAGACCGGUUCACGCCUCGGGGUGCCGAGCGACAGGAGGGACGCGGCCGGUCAGGGCCCCUCAAAGCACCUGGAGAAGCAGAGCGGCAGCGGUAGAGGUUCCAGCCUGGGAUCCAGCUUGUUUGAGUCGGAGCUCGCCGACAGCCAGUUCCACUCCCGUCAGAGCCGUCAGCCAAUGAACAGCUUCAUGAGCAGCUACAGUAGCCAAGCCCAGCGGCCGGAGUCGGCUUCUGACCUCUUCCUGGGGUCACGGGAGGAGGAGUGUGGCGGGCGGAGCAGGAAGACGAGGCUCGCAGUGUUUGGAGAGCAGGGCUUAAUGUCGUUCCAAACGGCGCGGCAGGAGCCAGGAAGGAUGAACAACUUCGGCAGCCCCUCCCACGAUGAUGUUCCCAGUAAGCGGAGGUACAAGCGGCACGAGGUGGAACAGAUCCACAAGGACGUGAGGAGGAUGCAUUCUUUGAACUUUGAGCAUGUGCAGAAGAUCCUCCGUGCCAAGCGCCUGCAGCGACAAGCCAAAACAGGAAACAAUGUCGUUAAAAGACGGCCCGGGCGCCCCCGAAAAAAGCCUAUCGAAGAAUCCCAGCCGACUAAUAGGAGUGUGGAUAUUCGGCCUGAUUGUCGGGGUUUGGACGUGUCGGCCGGUAGGAGAGGUGAUGGGAGGACUCCGGGGAUGCCCGUCCUGCAGAGGUGUGAUGACCCGUCAGGCAGGCAGAGCCUCAGGUCAAGCCUGACCCCCGAGCCGCUGGAGUUCUCAAAUCACGAUUCCAUCUCGGCAACGAUUGAGACUGUGGUGCACCAAGCGCGAUCUGUGCCUCCACUGGCCUCCACGGGGGGCAAACGCAGAGGCAGGGGCCACAGCAGGGACGAGUUAUGGGCUCCCUCCGGUCAAUAAACCGGGCAGGAGAGAGCCACCCUGUAACCCGUAACAGAGAGCCGUUGUUGCAGUCGGUCCCGUUUCAGAUGCAGUGCUCCUUUCAUUCUGGGACUCCGUGGUGCACUUUGACUUUCUCCUGUUUGUGAGGACUGCAGAGGGUCACAGGAGGAGGAGACACUUACGGUACCAUCCCUCUGCUUGCUAAGCCCAACAAGAGAUGAGGCUUUCAAGGAUUCAUUGGACCUUCCUUUGCAAUGGCACUAUAUGGUACUGUUUGAUACUAAACCUGAUGCUAUAAAAGUGUGUGGUACUUAUGAUAGUGUAGGAUAUUAUGUGAUUCUUUAUGUAUCUGAUACAGUGAUGUUUAUGGUACUUUAUGAUACUGUAUCUGAAUGUGGCUUUCGCCAUAUAUUUACCAGCAAGGGGAGGGAGAGUGGUUAAUAUUAAACCGUGCAGCUCUGCUUAUUUUUGCCUUUCUGUGGACGCUUUUCAAAGACGCGGGAUAAGACAGCAGUAAUUAACCCAGCGUACCCCAUUACUUAUCCCUGUUUAUUGCUCACACCCUUGUCUGUACCUUCCUGGUUUGUCUCUGAGGAGUCACUGAUAUUCGCUGGCACGCUCCCCGCCCAUCACUGUCCUCAAUUCUUUUAGCUCUCCCUGGGUGCCUGCCGUUAAACUUCAUCUCCCUUUAUCCUCUCAUCUGGUCCCAAAUCAUGAUUUUCAUUUCCCAUCGCUUCUCCUCCCCCGACCCACUCCUGUGUCUCACCGAUCACAUUCCUGCUCCGGCCUGCCCUGAAUAGUGACGUAGAGGCAAUAUGGUGGAUGAGACUGUCCCAGACUGUACAUAGAAAGAAAGAAAGUCCACUGUUGCCUGCCUUGUACAAUGAGAAACCAGCGCAUAGACAUGUAUACAUGACAUACAGUAUAUCAAAUAGAAUUGUUGUACCAUAGACAAUGAGAGUUGUGUGUAUUAUUUUAUAACCAAAAACAGACAUGGGUGAGACUCAAGACAAGUUUGUUUUCAGACAGAAGGAACCACAUGUAUUCAUUCAUUCACUCGAUUAUGUGUUUAUAUCCAGGGGGGCAUCGCAUACAGGAAAAAUAUCAGGUGUGUUGUUGGUAAACCUUAAAAUUGGUUUAUUGCACUAUGAGAACAUAUACACUCGCAUCAAUCAAAUGCAGCACUUACAUGCUUGUUCUAGCCUUAUGUUUUGGCCUUCAAUGGUGUGGAUAUCCAUUCCAGAGAGCACGCAUUGUUUUAAUCAAUUUUUAUAUGCAGGCUGCGCAGCCAAAAGCGUCAAACCGAAGCCUGAAUUGUCUGAAUUGUGAUCCGAUAGUUCAACCCGAAGAGGGCUCAUAGUCAGUGUUUCGAAAAGCGAAUCCCAGUCUUUCUACCUGAUUUGAUUGAACGUCAUUUCAAUACAUCUCCUUGGAAAUUUUUGAAAGUAAAUCCAGUGUUUAGAUUUAGAAACCAAAGUUACAGUAUUCAUAGUGAGGAUGUAUUAUUUAAAAGAAUCUGAAUUCUCUGAGUUUGACAAACUCUCCACCACGUUGGCACCAAUGUAAAGUGAACUCUAGAAUGUAGCCAUCUUGAAUCUUUGUGUCAAUAUGUCAAGCCUUUGCUAAACUCUAUCUACAGUAUCUGUGGCUUUAGGUAGUGGUUGGUAUUUUCUCAAAUAAGUAUUUCAAAAUAUAAGCAAUGGAUCAGUGUUUCUUGAUAGUUUUGUUUCAAAGAGAUCUGGUUUUCUUUGGAUUGGGUGGGAUUCUCAGUUGCAGCAGUUCAACUUGUGCCUUAUGUUUCUUUCUCUCACCAGUUACAUUCGACCGUAGUAAUAUCAAGUGGCAACGAGUGCCCCACGAAAUCGGCCCAAAACAUCCACGAUUGUGCAUAUUGACGUGUCUUAGUCAUCAGAACCUUGACACUGCGUGUGUCCAUUCCAGGCUUCAGCAUCCUCUGUCACCAGCUUCCUCCUAGUAAUGUGAGUGAAUAUGAGAAGGGUGGGAUGGAUCUAUACAAUAUGAUAUUACUGUAUUAAAUACACACCUAGUGCUGGCCUACUUUCAGAAAGGUCCCCUAUAUCUAUCCAGAAAUAUUAAUUGUACUAAAUCUCCCAGAUACAUUUUAGGAUCAUUUACUCUGCUCUGUAUGUAACCUGUUUUUUGAAACCAUAAAACUGGUUAUGCACUUGGCAAAGGAGGAAGAGGGGAGGUUGUCAUGGAGACCGCGUUCUCCAACAUUGUUGCUCGCUAUGCAUCAGGCCAUGCCUGGCAAUGACCUUAAAAGGGAUAUCUGUUCUGGGCCCGCCCUUCAUCAAAGAGAAAUAAGUGGUCUUAUUUACUGAAUAAAAUUAAUUCAUAUAACAAGAAUUAUGAAUAAUACCAGUAAUAAUUUGUAAUACGUUGUUGCAGAAAGUGACUAUCAUUUCAUGAAAACUAUAGUUACUGCAGCUCUAUGCAGUACAGCCUUAACCAGAUGUAAAACUAUAGUAUCGAAAGUAUUUGUUGUAAAUAGUGUUAGUAGGUCCAUCCUGCAUGGAUACCGGUUGGGCUCAACUAUGCUGGGACCGUCUCCUAAAACCACAAUCGACACUCUCUCUCUGUAUCAAGACUGCUCAAGACACAAGAAGAAGAAAGAAAUGGUUACCUGAUGUUCCUAUUUGACAAAUUCUGCUGUACAUCGAUAGUCAUCGUUUCAGUCCGUUAAAUUACACAGAAUGCUAAAAAAGAAAUAGAUCACCUUAUCACACCUUCAAAUGUCCUAAGAGGAUGAAAGCCUCACUGUGGUGCACUCUACCAAAAAUAGGAACCCCCCACUGAAAUGCAACUAUUUUGCCUGCAGCCAGUUGGGUGAGUGGAGUAGCAUGAAGAGUACAAGCAUGAAGGCUGCGUGUGGGGAGAGUUGUCAGAGAAAAUAGUCAAAAAUACACUCGUCGUAAAGUCAGUGUGCUUAACCUCGCUCUGCUCGAUGACUUCUGGUGGGUCUGCAGUCUGUUGUGGUGAAGAUGAGGUGUGGAUGUGUGGUCCGCGAGGUGUAGAGACUACGCGCUAGGCAGCUUACUCCUUUCUGUGGUCAGUCCGCGGUUUCUCAUGUAAGAGCUAAAGACCCCAGGUGUUGUCUGUCCUGUCUGUAUCUUCUACCAGCCAAUGCUCCGGUGCCUUCUAACACUGACAAGUAUUGUCCUAAUCCAGAGCUUUCACUCUACACGGAGAGCGAGGGGGGUGCGUGGCUGUGAAAAGGGUUCAAGCUCACUGUUGUUAAGGACUCAGCAGCCAGGACCAGUCGGAUCUGGACCCGUGGCGGCAGAAGGCCUCUAAGCCGUGAUGUGAGGAUCUUUUACCGUGUUUUGUUUUGGUCCCAGCAUCAAGGGCAGCGCGGCAGCGCUUGACCUUAAAUCAGUGGGUGCGGUUGUAUUUACCGAAGCCCACAGUCAGCAGUUCACAUCAACAACUAGAAUGUGAUAUAUUGGCACCUAAAUUUUGAUCACUCCCUAUUCCCUUUGUAGCACGCUGUGCUGAGUGUCCUACACGUGGAGUGAGGGGUCACGUGAGGCAGAAGCUCAUAAAUGUACAUGUAGUCAUCCACACAGCAUACGUUACAGUUCAAAGCUACAGUUUUGUUUAAAGCUGAAAAGAAAACCAAUAAAUGUACUUCUUUAGAGCACAACAUGAACUCUUCUAACUGUUUGGGCAUAUUUUAGUUUGUAAACAUAGUGUAUUUGAACCUUUUUCUAGAGUGGGUUUCUUUUAUUUGCAUGCUCAACCUGAUUGUAUGCAUAAAUAUUUUAGACAAGCCGAAAGUUGAAUUUCAAUUGAAUUUGGAGCAAGUCUUGUACAUUGUUUGAUAUGUUUCUUUUGUAAUGGAUUUUUUAAUUCAUGAAGCAAUUUUGUACAUUGUAUGAAUAUUAAAAACUGCAAAUAUUUGACAUAUAGAGUAAAUACUAGAUGCGCAUGUAUAUGCAUAUAUCCUUCACAGUAUGUAUGUGUAAAUGUACACAUAUAUUUUGUAUUUGCAUUUGCUGGCAUACAGAUAUAUGUCUUAAGCACAUAUAUACAUGCAAUAUAUGUGUAUAUCCAUGUCCGCUGGCAUGCUUUUGGUCAUGUUUAUCUUCCAUGAUCUUGUAGGUUCAUUUUUUGUUUUGUUUUUAUUUCUCUUUCCGCAGAAAGAAAAGCUCAUUCUUUUGCUACCCUUCUAUUGGCAGGCAGCGUUGAGCACUUAUUAAGAAGAACUACAGUUGUUCAUGUUAUCCAUUGUGUGAAAUAAUAAAUGACUUUAUUGACAGCU